AUGAAAAAUUCGAAUGUAUGUUUUAGAGUCAGUUUAACUGCUGAAAUGGUACCAAAGGUGUAUACACAUGCAUACGAAUUGCGUGUAAGUACAGUCACAAAGGCCUGCUCAAGUUUUCUAGUAGAACAAUUGACAGAAAAAAACUGCUUAGUAAGAUUACUGGCGAUGGAUGAUGAACUUCGUUCUAAGGCUGAAUCAUACAUAAGUAAUAAUUUUGCAGCGAUACUAGAAACACGAGAAUUUCAUACAUUACCUACAAUCAAAGUUGAGUUAAUUGGUUUAACACAUGUAAAAAUAACAGUAGUGGGUGAGCUGAUUAUGGAUUGGUUGUUACAACAACUUGUUCAAGAUAAUAAAACUAUUCAGGAACUUGGCGAAUAUGUAAGUGGUCGAGAAUAUGAAUCGAUUAUCGAUUAUCAAACUUAUAAACUUGCAAAACGAUCCGUAUCUACCUCUUCGGCAACAGCAUCGACCGAUAAUUCCAUAUUUGAGGUACCAUCUCCUCCUCAACUAAUAAAUUUUAAUUUAUUAGCGAAUGUCAAUCCUCGUUUGCGUAAACCAUCAGAUGUUCACAAUGAAACUCAUUUGAUUCAUAUUGAACAACCAACAGAUCAUUCAUUUGUGGCCAUUUCUAUUGUAAACGGUAAAAUGCUGAUCAUCUCUAUUCAUUUACAACAUCAAGAACAGUCAUUAACACUACCGUCCGGUACAGAACCAACAAGUCGGAAAUACUCGAAUGAAGAUUUAAGCCAUCAUCAGAACGGCAAUAUAAUUGCUGACAAGGAACUCAUGUUGGCCUGUUUGACUACACCCAGAUGUGGAUUCGGAAUUGCAAAAACAGCUUUUUCAAAUACAAUUUAUGCCAUUGGUGGAUAUGAUCGUGGUGAUUGUUUGGACACUGUUGAGUCGUACAAUCCCUCUGAAGAUAAAUGGACAAUAUUACUAGCAAAAAUGAAUGUACGACGAGGACGUGUAGCAGCAGCGGCUGUAAAAGAGAAGAUUUUCGUCUGUGGUGGAAGUGAUGGUCAGCAAGAAUUAGAUACAGCCGAAUGUUUUGAUACUAAAACAAUGAAGUGGUCUCUGAUUAAAGAACUAAAUUCACCGGUAGCUUAUGGAGCAAUGUGUGCUGACAAUAAUAGUAUGUACUUAAUUGGAGGUUGUGAAGGCGAUCUUUGCAAAAAUGAGUGUUAUAAAUAUGAUCCGAUUGAUAAUCUAUGGUCACAAAUCGCACCAAUGAGAUCAGAACGAAGUCAAGCAGCUGUCGUAUAUUUAGAUGGAAAAAUCUUUGUGUUUGGUGGUUAUACGGUCAAAUGUUUGAAUACCUGUGAAGUUUAUUCAAUAGAGCAAAAUUCUUGGUCCGAUCUUCCGAGUAUGAAAGAAUAUCGGCGUGGUGCUGGAGCAGUUGUUUAUCGAGGUAAAAUAUUUGUUGUGGGAGGUUGUAAUGGACCGUCUUCUUUAACGUCUGUUGAAAUAUUCGAUACAAAAUUGAAUGAAUGGCAAAUUGGACCAGAAUUGAAUAUUCCCCGUGCCGGAUGUGGUGUUAUUGUAUGUGGUGAACAGAAUAUUUUUACAUGUGGCGGUUUUGAUGGUAGAACAUUUUUAAAAUCAAUCGAAGUAUUUGAAAUGCACAAAGAAGUGCCUUUAGAAAUUGGACAAUGGCGUAUGAAAAAAUUAUUAGACAACGUAUCACAUCCUGUUAAUGGCAAAAAUGAAUUAGUGAAUGAUGAAUAG